GCUAUUCUUGCUUACAAACUUACAAACUGGAAAGUUAUGAGAAACACAAGUAAGGUUCCCUACAUUAGCUUUGUACACUAAACCAAUUGGGGCUUCUAAACCCAUCUUAAGUGAUUGAUUAGCCCAACCCGAAUAAAGCCCAGCUGUUCAGCUUAUCGACCCGGUAUGGCUGCCAGUACAUAUAGUCGUUACUUGGUCCGUAUCUACUGUGAUUUUCUCAGUAGACCGGUCUCAGCAACACGGUAACAUUAUGUCGUAAGUUUUUAUCUUCAGGCAAAUCUUGUCUGUAUUCCCGCUAGACAACGAUCUAGAUGAACUAAUAUCUCAGCAGAGAAUCCAUUUUGCGCAAGAUGGAGCGACCUCCACUGUACAUUAUCGCGGUCUCUCACCUUAUCUUACUCUUGAUACAUAAAUGGACGGAUCCUGAUGAAGAAAGUGCAAAGUCACUGCUCGAUUGUCAUAUAUGGAGUAGUAUAAUGCUGUGUUACUAUAUUUUUCGGCGGUAAGUUGUUUGCUCGCUCUUACUGUAGAAUGAAUAAGUAUUAAGGCUCGAAUGUUUAGGUUAGAAUGGCCGGCAGAACCGUCACCAGUAGGACAUUUACCACACGCGUCAGUGGAGAAAGCAAAUGGAUGAUGUCUGAAGCAGUAGCCUUCAAGAUAAUUUGGGAAGGACAAUUGAUGUGAAGAGCCUUGAGGAGGAAUUUCAAGUAUAGUUUAGAAAUAGCUAAUAGUCAUGUGUCAUUUGUCCGUGUUCGACUAGUGCGAGUUC